GUAACUCACGCGCUGCACUCAGUCGAAAAUGAACAAAGCUAUACUAUUGGUUCUGGUCCUCGCGGGACUUUCCUGCGUUGAGCCACACGGAUUUGUACUCAAUCCACUCUCUCGAACUUCGAUUUUCCGAGAACGUGACAGAAAUGGAGCUCAACCACCAUUUUGGUGGAACGAUACUGGAGUUUGGUGUGGAAACGAGCAACAGGACCUACAAUAUUCUCGAUGCGGACGCUGUGGAGAUAUUUUCGGUGAAACUCAUGCCAAUCAAGGUGGUCAAUUCGACAAAGCUAUAAUCACUGGUACUUACCAGGCCGGCCAGAUCAUCGAUAUGGUUGUUGAAAUAACAGCCAAUCACCGUGGACAUUUCGAAAUAGAGCUUUGCCCACAAACCAGUGAGACCAACACUUGCUUCCAACGUUUGAACAUUGUCGGUGGAUCCCAUGAAAUCCGCAGCGGAAACAUGAUGUGUGUAGGACCUGCCCAAGUUAUCGGACAAAUUCGUGCUCGAGUUCAACUACCGGCAAACGUUAGAUGUACAAGAUGCACACUCCGUUGGACCUAUCGAACUUCAUAUCCACCGGCUCCCGACCAUUGUUUCAAUCCUAACCCAGCUCAAACGUUCAGAAACUGCGUUGAUAUCAGAAUUAACUAGGCUUGUCUUCAGGCCAAAACUGGUACGGCACGUGUUUUUUUGUAAUGAGUGGUUUUAUAAGUAAAGUCAUCAAUUAAAAAUUUUGUUGUUUGUU